AGCUGGAUGGGUAGAUGCAAAUAUGUUUGUGAAAGCUGUUUCAUAUAAUAUGUAUCUGCGAUAUUGGCGACAUGUAACUAACUUCCAUCAAUUCGUGACCAAAGUCGAUUGGGUAGUUGAAUUACACGGGGUUGAUGGUGACCGUGUUAAACACCUUAUUCAACGACCUGCUCAGCAUGUACCUAUUCCACCACCACAACAAUUAUCAUACCCUGAAGCUUAUAAUCUAGUUCAAGAACAUGCCGAUUUUAAUCGUGCGUUUCGCGAGUUUGUAUUAUAUGAAACGGAAGACAGGAUGAUACGUUUAAAGGCAAAAGAUGAAGUAAUACGAGGCCUUGCAGCUCGUAACAAUUACCUGGAGGAUCAGAUGCAAUUCCGUAUGCAACAAACGCCGCGUCCCCCUAUUGGAUUCGGCAGUUUUUCUGAAACUAUCCCACCAGCGGUGUGGGCUCCAGUGAGUCAAGCAUCAACAAUGUCGUCUGUUAACCCCCAUCCGAGAAUGACGUUUAUCCCACCACGGCAAACACCAUCGCAUACUCCUACUGAUGAAUAAGUAACUUUUUAGCCUCCACUUUGGAUAUGUACUUUUUA